AUGGUGCUUGGAAAGGAAGAGUCUUUGUCCAAGCUCAUCUUAAACUUUGGUGCAAACACGCGUAAAAUGGCAAAGUCCAAAAAAACAAAGGGCUACCUCGGAGCCAGGCGCAGUCUGCUGUCGGAGUAUUGGUCGCGCUACCACGCUAUUCGUGACGAUCUUGGCGCGCUGGCGGUCACUGAUGCUAAUGCAGCAGCGGUGCGUGACGCGCUGUCCGAUGAGCACUUUGCAGCUAUUGAAGGAGCAUAUUGCGAAGCAAUGGGUGAACUCAACGAUGGUAUUGACGAGCUUUCAGAUAUCGGCAAUGACAGUUUUAAUCAAUCUGCCACGUUUCGCUCAUUUACAGCAAGUGCACCACUCACAAUUCUUCCAAAAAUCGAGUUGCCGAAGUUCGAUGGGUCUUUUGAAAAGUGGCUAAGCUUUAAGGACAUGUUCACCACGUGCGUGAUCAAAGAUACGACACUCUCCAACGUGCAACGAAUGCACUAUCUCAAAAGCAGCGUACAGGGCGAGCCGGAGGUUAUGCUCCGGAGUUUUUCGGUUAUAGACGCUAAUUUUAUAAUCGCGUGGGACCUACUCCAACAAAGGUAUGACAACACACGACGACUUGUGAAGUCAUACUUGCGAAACAUUGUCAAGUUGGCGGCAAUGCCCACAGAAUCCGAAACGAGUCUGCGAAAACUGUUGGACACCGUGACUGAGUCAAUGCGUGCGUUACAACAGCUUGGCCGUCCAACAGCUCAGUGGGAUGAUUGGCUAAUUUUUCUAAUCACCGAAAAGCUCGAUUCUGCCACAGUUAAAGAAUGGGAGAUGAGUCUUGGUAGUCCAAGUGAGCUGCCUGCUUACAGCGAUUUAGUCGCGUUCUUAGAAAAACGCAUUCUUGGAUUGGAAGCAGUGGGGGCAGCUGCCAAGAAUAAAUCGAAAGAUUUUUCACAAAAAUCACCACACAAUCAAGCUGUGCGAAGUCAUCAAACGAGCUUUGGCCGAUGCUCAUGCUGUUCGGGUAAGCAUACGCUUAUGUACUGCCCGGAUUUCCGCAAGAAAACAUCUUCAGCAAAAUUCGAUCUGGUUCAUAAGGCAAAACUUUGCAAAAAUUGUCUAAAACCAGGCCACACUCUUGACGAGUGCUCAUCUACUUAUACAUGCCAAAGGUGCAUGCAAAAACAUCAUACACUGUUGCAUGACAGUCUUUCUACGCAACCCAACAAAGUUGCUGCUCAUCAUACGCGUUCCGAUUAUUUCAUACAAACACCAAACACAAAUGAUCUCACAUCUGUUCUGCUUGCAACUGCGGUUAUUGGAAUACGCUCUCCCACAGGGCAUGAACUCAAACUGCGGGCGCUUCUGGACAAUGGAUCACAGGCAUCUUUCAUCAGCGAGUUUGCAGUUCAACAACUACACCUUCGCAGAGCCCGUCUUCAAGUACCCAUCACCGGUAUAGGCGGCUGCCGUGUAGGUGAGUCUAAUGGCGUAGUUCAUUUCUCAUUACAUUCACUUACAGAACUCGAGUUCAACAUCGAUUGUUCGGCUCUGGUCCUGCCCCGCUUGGGACAUCUCAUGCCGUUAAAACGUGUCGAUCCAAAACCAUAUUCGGAAUUUCUCGAUCUGCCAUUAGCCGAUCCAAACUUCUUCGAACCAGGGUCUAUUGAUGUCAUCAUCGGCGCAGACCUCUACGGUCUCCUUUUGCGCAACGACAUCAAACGCUCUGCCAUCAACAAAGUUACCGCACAGAAUACUCACUUAGGAUGGGUAAUCUACGGACGUCUGCCCCACACAUCUACACUACUCCUGGCCACCACGUUUUGCGCUACAGCCACUACUGAGCUCAAUAAUUUGGUUCAACAACUGUGGAAGUUCAAUGAAUGUGAGGACGUGGAAGGCUCAUCCUCAAUGACGCAAGACGAAAUUUACUGCGAAAAGCUAUUUGAGCGUACAGUGUGUCGCGAUCUUUCCGGGCGCUAUCACGUUCAAUAUCCCUUUAAGGAGUCCUGUGACCUUGCUGCUCUAUUCGAUUCUAAAUCAGAUGCCCUUCGACUGUUCACAUACCAACAAGCGCGCCUUCAAAACAAUGCCACACUGAAUGAAAUGUAUCCAUCGUUUAUGGCUGAGUACAGAAAUCUUGGUCAUAUGGAGCCAGUCCCAUCUGACGAUUUUGCGCAUCCAGUAUGUUACAUUCCUCAUCAUGGUGUGUACAAAAAAGGUAGCACUACGACGAAGCUUCGCACUGUAUUUAAUGCUUGA